AAAUGUUCAAAGGGAGAGAGACCAAAGAAACAAGGAGAGAUUGAAAGCAGGGGCAAUACUCAAGAUCUAGGGUUUCCAUCUUCAUGAAACUGUGGCUCUUCUUUGCAUUGGUUUUUUCUUUUCAUUUCUUUUUUUGAAUACUAAGAUCUUCUUCUAAACAAUAUUUUCUCUGCGUCCUGCCUUGGAAGGAAAUUGGAAGAAAGAAGGUAGAUGAUUAAGCUCAUUAAUUUCUAAACUACCAACAUAUAAAUCCAAGGAAUCAAUCUUCUGUUUCUUCUCCGUCAAUAAUUUUGAGCUUUGGAGGAUUUUUAAGAAAAGUGUCUAGAAAGAUGGAAGGAAGUGGGGGGAUUAAAUGUUCUAAAACAACCCCCUCUGAUGAAAUUCCAGAUGGGAGUGAGAGUACUGCAGAGAACGACGGUGAAAGUAAGGCAAGAAAUGGUGGAAGCUCAAGCAAUAGUACGGUUGAAGAGAAUGAGAAGAAGCCAUCGGUUAGGCCUUAUGUUAGAUCCAAGCUGCCAAGGCUUCGGUGGACUCCUGAUCUUCAUCUUCGUUUUGUUCAUGCUGUUGAAAGACUUGGAGGACAAGAGAGAGCAACGCCAAAGUUGGUUCUUCAGCUAAUGAAUAUCAAAGGACUCAGUAUUGCUAAUGUCAAAAGCCAUUUACAGAUGUAUCGAAGCAAGAGGAUAGACGAUCCAGGUCAAGUCAUGGCCGAUCAUAGGCAUCUUGUGGAAAGUGGAGAUCGCAAUAUUUAUAAUCUUAGCCAACUUCCUAUGCUACAAGGUUAUAACCAAAGCCAUAGUUCUAGUUUCAGAUAUGGAGAUGCUGCAGCUUGGACUGCUCGUGAAUACUUUCUGCCUGGUCCUUGUGUAAGCCGGAGUUUGAUUGAUGAAACCACACCAAGAUUAUACGGCACGGUGGCUGAAAAAAUGUUUGAUAGCAACAAUAGUAAUUGGGCUAACCGCAAUUUCCGUUUGGGUUCUUCAUCUUAUGGGGCAAAUUCUAUUUGGAAAAUGCAUGAAUUUAAAGAAGAAUUUCAAUCAUCUCAUAAACAUGACCUCUGGCAACUAUCUGGAUCAAGAUUUCUCCAGAUUGAACCUAACAGGGUAACCCAACAGCUAAAAGCAAAACUAGAAGAACGUAUGAGUUCGAAUAGAAGUAUCCCUUCAGUUUUGAACUCAGCACAAGAAUGUAAUAAGUCGACGGUGAAAAGAAAGGCCUUGGAUUGUAGCCUUGAUUUGGAUCUAUCUCUAAGGCUAAAACCUAGCGAUGAUCAUGAUCAUCAUCAGAGCGAGCAACCAGGUUUGGAGGAGAGAGAAGUUGAUAGUAAGUUAUCUUUAUCUUUGUACUCACCAUCAUCAUCAUCAUCUUCAAAGCAUGGCAAGUUGAAGGAAGGACAAGGUGAUAAUAAUAAAAGGCAUGCUAGGAGGGCAAGUACUCUAGAUCUGACUAUAUGAAUGAGAAAAUUCUAAGUGAGAUCUUGAGGUACUUAUCCAAGAAGAUGGGACAGUUAUAUUGUAUUGUACCCUUAUACAAAUGAAUUCCAUCUAACUGUUUCAGUGGUUCUUCAUUAUAUAUAGCUAGCUUUAUUACUUUUAGAAUUUGAGGCCUCAAAGUAUAUUAGAGCACAGAGUUUUCGAUGAAAUUGCUUUUAACAGUCUA